UAGUAUGUGGUUUAUUUUGUCUGGCUGUCAGUGGGAGAUGAAUGGGAGAGCAGAGAAAGCGUUAAACUGUAAUAGAGAAAGUAUUAAACGAACCACAGAAGAAAAUGGACAUGAUGAACAGUUCCAGCUACUACAAAUCAAGAACAAUUCAAAGUUUUAUGAGCACCUCCUCUCCCCAUCUUUUUCUUCCAAAUGGAUUGUUGUGAAUGGUGUUAGGCACCCUUUCUUGUGUGGCACUGAAGCCUCUGAACAUCUAUUUGUUCUUAUUUUGGAUACAUUCAUUUGUACCUCAGGCGAGUUAUAUUUUUUAAGUAGACAUAUAUUAUUAUUUAUGGGAACAAAAUGUAUUAUUCUAUGCUGUAAUAUUCUGUCAUCUAAUGAAUGUUUCUAUCAUUCAAGUUUCUGUAAUUUUGGAGUCUAAUCAAUUUCUGUUUUAAAGGCAAAAAUGUCACGUGUGAAACAAGUGGGACUUUUAGCUGCUGGAUGUCAGCCAUGGAACAAGGAUAUAUGUGCCGCUAGUGGGGACAGAUUUGCCUACUGUGCUACACUUGCUGUUUAUAUUUAUCAGCUGGAUCACCGAUACAAUGAAUUCAAGCUCCAUGCGAUUAUGUCUGAGCAUAAGAAGACAAUCACAGCCAUAUCUUGGUGUCCCCACAAUCCUGACGUGUUUGCAAGUGCCAGUGCAGAUAGUUUAGUGAUCAUUUGGAAUGUGAAUGAACAGAAAGUUGUGGCCAAGCUGGACAAUACAAAAGGAAUUCCUGCGUCCCUUGGCUGGUGCUGGAAUGCAGGUGAUGCAGUUGCAUUUGUGUCCCACAGAGGUCCACUGUACAUUUGGACUAUCUCAGGACCUGACAGCGGGGUAACUGUGCAUAGAGAAGCACAUAGUUUCUUGUCAGAUAUCAGUCUGUUUAGAUGGCAUCCAAAGAAAAAGGGAAAGGUGGUAUUUGGACAUACUGAUGGAAGCCUAUCUAUAUUUCAACCAGGUUCUAGAAAUCAGAAACAUGUCUUAAGACCAGAGUCUCUUGAAGGAACAGAUGAAGAAGAUCCAGUUACAGCUCUGGAGUGGGACCCUUUGUCAACUGAAUACCUUCUUGUUGCUAAUUUACAUAAUGGUAUUCGACUUGUUGACUCUGAAUCUCUGUCCUGUAUCACAACUUACAGUUUUCCCAGUGCAGCAGCAUCUGUUCAGUGUUUAGCCUGGGUUUCUAGUGCACCUGGAAUGUUUAUAACUGGAGAUUCUCAGGUUGGUGUGUUACGUGUUUGGAAUGUUUCACGUACAACACCUAUAGAUAAUUUUAAAUUGAAGCAGACUGGUUUCCAUGGCUUGCAUGUGCUAAGUUCUCCUCCAAAGAAAAAGUCAUGUUCAUCACAGUAUCCUACUAAAAAUCACCAUACAUCUUCAACAAGUGAGGCUGUUCCUCCUCCAACUUUGACCCAAAACCAAGCAUUUUCUCUUCCUCCUGGUCAUACCGUCUGUUGCUUCAUGGAUGGUGGAGUGGGGCUUUAUGACAUGGGAGCCAAAAAGUGGGAUUUCCUUAGAGAUUUGGGACAUGUUGAGACCAUCUUUGAUUGCAAAUUCAAACCUGAUAACCCUGAUCUUCUUGCUACAGCUUCAUUUGAUGGCACAAUAAAAGUUUGGGACAUAAAUACUUUAUCAGCCGUUUAUACAUCUCCUGGUAAUGAGGGGGUUAUUUAUUCCAUUUCUUGGGCACCAGGAAAUCUGAACUGCAUAGCAGGUGGAACAUCCAGAAAUGGUGGCUUUAUCUGGGAUGUUCGAAAAGGCAAAAUGAUAACCAGAUUCAGUGAGCAUGGAAAGAAUGGAAUCUUCUGCAUUGCCUGGAGUCAUAAAGAUUCCAAAAGAAUAGCAACCUGCAGCAGUGAUGGAUUUUGUAUUAUUCGAACCAUUGAUGGCAAUGUUCUUCACAAGUACAAGCAUCCAGCUGCAGUGUUUGGCUGUGAUUGGAGUCAAAACAACAAAGAUAUGAUAGCUACUGGUUGUGAGGAUAAAAAUGUUCGUGUUUACUACUUGGCAACCAGCUCUGAUCAACCACUGAAAGUUUUUACUGGGCAUACUGCAAAGGUGUUCCACGUACGGUGGUCUCCUCUCAGAGAAGGAAUCCUCUGCAGUGGCUCUGAUGAUGGUACUGUUCGGAUAUGGGAUUAUACACAAGAUGCUUGUAUAAAUGUUCUUAGUGGACAUACAGCUCCAGUACGGGGACUAAUGUGGAAUCCUGAAAUUCCUUACCUUCUAAUAUCUGGCAGUUGGGACUAUACAAUUCGAGUCUGGGACACAAGAGAUGGAACAUGUUUGGACACAGUUUAUGAUCAUGGUGCAGAUGUAUAUGGAUUAACGUGUCAUCCUAGUCGUCCAUUUACUAUGGCAUCCUGCUCUCGUGAUUCCACUGUGAGACUCUGGUCCUUGACACCUCUUAUAAACCCUCUGCAAAUAAAUAUCAUAACAGACAGAUGCUGGGAUGAUAUUAUUGGCAAUACAGAUCGCGCUGUGGAAUCUGGAGCUUCUCCUUUGCUGUGUGGUAAAGUUUCCAGGGAUAUUAAACAAGAAUUGGAAAAAUUGUCAGGAAAUCCGCAAGGGAAAAAACUAAGGUGGUUUUCAGAAUUUUUUUCACCUCCAGGAGGCAGCAAAAAUUUAUGGGAUUUGGUUGCUGUAAUAAAAGGACAGGAUGACAGUUUGCUUCCACAAAACUACUGCAAAGGAAUUAUGCAUAUGAAACACCUCAUUAGAUUUAGACUGUCCAAGGCACAAGAACUGACAACAGUAAAGAUGUCUAAGUUUGGAGGUGGUAUUGGUGCACCAAGCAAAGAGGAAAGACUCAAAGAAGCUGCAGAAAUACAUUUAAGAUUAGGACAAAUUCAGCGAUAUUGUGAGCUAAUGGUAGAACUUGGAGAGUGGGACAAAGCUCUCUCAGUUGCACCUGGUGUAUCAAUGAAAUAUUGGAGGAAGUUAAUGCAAAGGAGAGCUGAUCAGUUAAUUCAGGAAGAAAAUGAUGAUGUCAUCCCAUACUGUAUAGCUGUUGGAGAUGUGAAGAAACUGGUUUCUUUUUUUACUUCAAGAGGUCAGCUUAAAGAGGCUCUACUUGUUGCACAGGCAGCUUGUGAAGGAAAUAUACAGAUGUUACCACUCUCCACAACAAGCAGAACUUCAAAUCCAGGUGGAGAUAAUACAGAUGAUUAUAAUGAUCUCCUGCAGAAGGUCAGUAAAGAACUGGCAGAUUGGUAUUUCCAGGAUGGCCGUGCAGUGCUUGCAGCAUGUUGUCAUCUGGCUGUUGAAAAUAUAGAGCUUGCGAUGGCAAACCUGAUUCGUGGAAAUGAACUGGAGUUGGCAAUCAGUGUGGGUACUAUCUUGGGAGAAAGUGCAGCACAAGCAACAUAUUAUGCCCUAGAAUUACUAGCAAGAAAAUGUAUGGCAGUAAUAACAUGGGAUUUAGCAGUUGAUCUUCUUAUGAUGAUUCCUGAUAAUAAACUGCAGUUAGUAAAACUAUGUGCUUUUUAUCCUGGAUGCAUAGCAGAAAUAAAUGACCUGCAUGAAAAGUGUAAUCUUCCUGAUGUGGAAGAAUGCAUGCGAGUGGCAGAGACAAUGCAGGCAGAUGGGGAUGUGUUUGAAACAAUAAAGUACUAUCUCUUAAGCACAGAACCUGAAAAGGCUCUCCCUGUUGGCAUUCAGUAUGUGAAAGAACAACUUUGUGGCUCAGAUUGGACAUUAGAUUCAGUCUUUCCAUAUCUUGAUCUUCUAAGUUACAUACGGACUGAACAGCUAAUGUUGUCUAAGUGCAGUGAAUUUCGGAAUGAGUUGCUGAUUUUGUGUGGUUACAUUGGUGCUUUACUUGCUAUCAGAAGACAGUACAAUAGCAUUGUACCUGCACUGUACGAGUAUACAAGUCAGCUUUUAAAAAGACGGGAAGUAUCUGUACCUUUGAAAAUUGAACAGCUUUCUGAGGAAUUAGAUGCAUGGAGAGCUUGCACACAAGCAAACAAGCCUACAGAUGAGUUGCCAUGCACCCCGCCCUCUGAAUCACAGAGAGCGCUCUAUUCGGUACUCGUAUCGCGAAUUCAGGAGGAGCCUCUGAAGGGAAUGGUUGGGCCAGACUGUGUCACUGGAUCAAAUCUUCCUAGUCAUUCAGAUGUUCAUACCUCCUGUUUGACAGGGCUAAAGAUCCAGGGUCCUGUGUUCUUCCUUGAAGAUGGAAAAUCUGCUAUUUCACUGAAUGAUGCUUUGAUGUGGGCCAAAGUGAAUCCUUUUUCACCACUAGGAACAGGAAUACGACUUAACCCAUUUUGAUGAGGUGUUUCCUCUGUACUUUAUAGUGCUUAAAAUAAUACUCUGGGGGUUAAUGCUGAUUUAACCUUGAUUGUCAAAGGACAGAAAGAUGGUAGUUGAUUUUUCUGAAGGUCAGUGUCUUGAACUAUGAAAAUUGUAAAAUGAGAACAAAAG